UUCCUGGUAUCUGGAAAUGAAAAUAGCCCCAAAGUUAGGCCGGUUUGUGUUUGUAUUUUCCUGGAAUGGCAUCUCUCUUAUCUAUACUGCGCUGCUAAGAAUGACCCCUCAAUGCUGAAGGUAGACACUGAACUCAUACUUUCCCUAUCUUCUAAAUUGUUCCCACAAGUCUUCCAUUGUGCAAUGCUAGAAGGCAGGGCUGAGAAGGAGAGACAACUACGGCCCUGCCCAGUUUAGUCCCAACCUCUUCCCAGGUGAGAAAAAACUUUCUUCCUGGCUCUCCCAGUCUCUCUUGCCUGAGUGCAGACAGGUUCUCUGGAGUAACUUUUGGCUGCAUGAGCUACGUUUGGUGUGACACGAUUACUUGACAUGUUACAACUGGCUUCCCGACCCGCCUGCCCACAGCUCAGUACUGGGUUCUUCCGGAGAAACUCAGCUCUGGCUGUUGAGAUGAGCUCGCUUUGGACUUGAUUUUUCCCAGGGCUAUCUUACUAUUGCACUAAUGGACUUUUGAAAGUGCUUUUACCAAACAUCUGCAAAAAUGGAAACAUCAUCUCUUCUUUCCUCACUGAAUGAUGAAUGCAAAUCAGACAACUACAUUGAACCUCAUUACAAGGAAUGGUAUCGGGUAGCUGUUGAUACAUUAAUACAGAAUGGAUUAGAAGCGUACCAAGAAUUUCUUGCUAAAGAGCGAUGUUCAGAGUUUCUGGCUGAAGAGGAAAUUAAUUAUAUUUUGAAAAAUGUUCAGAAGUUUGCACAAAGUACAGCUCAUACCUCUGACAAUUCUUGUGAUGACACCUCUUCUUCGGGAACAUACUGGCCCGUUGAGUCUGAUGUGGAAGCCCCAAACUUGGAUUUAGGAUGGCCAUAUGUGAUGCCUGGACUCCUGGGAGGUACCCAUAUAGAUCUGCUUUUCCAUCCACCACGAGCACAUUUUCUUACCAUAAAGGAAACUAUUCGCAAGAUGAUCAAAGAAGCAAGAAAGGUCAUUGCCCUAGUAAUGGAUGUUUUUACAGAUGUGGAUAUCUUCAAAGAAAUAGUGGAAGCAUCAACCAGAGGGAUUUCUGUAUAUAUUCUCCUUGAUGAUUCCAACUUCAAUCACUUUUUUAAAAUGACAGAAAAGCAAGGAUGUCAAGUACAGAGACUCCGGAACAUCAGAGUGAGGACAGUAAAAGGACAAGAUUACCUUUCAAAAACAGGGGCAAAAUUUCAUGGGAAAAUGGAACAGAAAUUUCUUUUAGUUGACUGCCAGAAAGUUAUGUAUGGCUCCUACAGCUACAUGUGGUCAUUUGAAAAAGCACAUCUCAGCAUGGUACAGAUUAUCACGGGACAGCUGGUUGAAUCAUUUGAUGAAGAAUUUAGGACUCUGUAUGCCAGAUCCUGUAUUCCUAGUCCAUUUGCACAGGACGAAGCAGUGAAGGCAAAAAAUGGCAAGCCUUUCUGGGAAAAUGGUACAUAUCAGCGCUCAGUGUCUUCUUUAGCUUCCUUUUCCAGCCAAAGGAAUCUUUUUGCUAGGCAAGAUAAUCCUAGUUAUUUUAAAAAUAGAGGCAUAUAUGCAGUUAAUGAACAUGACAGGCAUAGCAUACGGAAUCAUGGAUACAAACCACACUUUUUACCAAAUUUUAAUGGUCCAAAUAAAAUCCGCCAGUAUCAACCAAGUCAGUUAAAUGAGAAUUGGAAGAGACAUAGUUAUGCUGGAGAAAAGCCAGAAACAACUCCUUAUCUGCUGCUCAACAGGGCUAUGAAUCGAGCCCACAAUCCAUCAAAUAAUUGGAAAAUGCCUUCAGAUAGCCUUAGUGUUGCAUCAUCAACACGAGGUGGCUAUAUGAACCCUCACCAUAUGCCUGCACAGAGUUUUGCAGAUCGUCUGGCACAGAGGAAAAUCACAAAUCUUCCAGAAAGAAAUUCAAAUGUACGACGAUCUUUUAAUGGGACUGAUAAUCAUAUUCGCUUUUUGCAACAAAGGAUGCCCACCCUUGAAAACACUACAAAAUCCUUCCUACGAAAUUGGCGAAUUGAGAGCUAUUUAAAUGACAACUCAGAAGGGAUGCCUGAUUCAAAUGGCUCAGCUCCUGGUGACCGAUUUGAAGGUUAUGAGGGACAUGAACAUGUUAAAGCCAAUGCCCUUUAUACUCAUUCUCGGCUUCGUUCAUCAAUUGUAUUUAAACCAACCUUACCAGAACAGCAAGAAGUAAAUAGUUGUACAACAGGAUCCUCAAACUCAACAAUAAUUGGUUCUCAGGGAAGUGAAUCAUCUAAAGAAAUAUCAAAUGUUCAACAGCCUUCAGACCAACCUUUAUCAGAAUUAACCACAGAUCUCCAGACACCUCAAUCCAAUGAAUCAAAAAGGCACAGCUUGCAGGUCCUAGAAAACCACCGUGAACCUAUUGUAAAUCAAAACACACAUGGUGCUCCUGAAUCAAAUAACUAUUUGUAUGCAACAUUAGGUGUGAACAAACAGAUGGAAACUCUAAAAACUGAGCAAAAUGAGAACCUGCUAAAAAGACGAAGUUUUCCAUUCUUUGAAAACUCCAAGGCCAAUCUGGAUCAUGCUGAGGGUAAGAAUUAUGUCUAUAGCACACUGACUAGGAAUAGAAUCAAGCAGCCAGAGAAACCCAAAGAGGAUUUAUUGAAGAGCUCUAAAAGUAUGCACAAUGUGACCCAAAACCCAGAGGGUGAAGAUGAAGAGCCCAAAAGGGAAUCUUCAAACACUACUACCACCAAAUCUAUUUCUAUUGCUGCUCUUUUGGAAGUAAAUAAAGAGGAGCCUCCAAAAGAUAUAUCCUCCAAGAAAGAAGUGAAAGGUUCCCCAAAUUUUUUGAAAAAAGGUUCCCAAAAGCUGAGGUCACUACUCAGUCUCACACCAGAAAAGAAAGAAACUCUAUCAAAAAAUAAAGCUCCUGCUUUUUAUAGAAUGUGUAGUAGUUCUGACACAUUGGUUUCAGAGGCAGAAGAAAAUCAAAAAACAAAAAAAUCAGAGCCAAAAUUAGAUUCAUCUCCAAGAAGAAAACGUUCUCCUUCAGCCAAUUCACAAGGAAGUGUCCACAAGAGCAAGGAGAAUAUUGCUGUUAGAUCAUCUCCAGUGUGCUCAGAUGAAAACAAAAUCAUCCCUUCUGCACAUCCAGUUGAAAAAGAAUUCUUAGAAACGGAAGGAGAUGCUUCUGCUCCCAGAUUCAACACUGAGCAGAUUCAGUACCAAGAUCUAAAAGAAGUUAAGCCAACGAUAAUUACUGAAAGAGCAACUCCUUCUCCAAGGCCAAAGCCUAGUGAGUUGCUAAGAUCUCAUUCAACAGACAGACGUGUAUAUAGUCGCUUUGAGCCAUUUUGUAAGCUAGAAAGCUCUGUUCAACCCACAAGCCAUAUGCCAAGCCCCAGAAUACACCAUACUGAGGUAAAGACCCUCGGCACUAGCAAUAGCUAUGGUAGGAGCAGUCCCAUGUUCAACUACAAUUCUGCUGUCUAUCACCCUUAUCAGACAAAUGAAAAUAAAUUUCGAGGAUUUAUGCAAAAAUUUGGAAAUUUCAUACACAAAAACAAAUAGCUUUAAUUUCAACAGUCUUUGCAAAAUUUUAAAGUUUCCAUGAACACGAAUACUUGAACAGAUAAAACUGGGAAGAUUCUGUAAAAUGCAAAUGGGUUUCUUUGGGGAAAAUUUUGUAGUUAAUGUGCAUGUUUACAUGUAUAUUAUUGUAUAGUAAAGGCUACUUUUAUGCAAUAAAUUCAUCCUUUCACACUGAAGGUGUAAUUUGUCCAAAAAAGUUUUGAAAACAAUUUUAAAAUUAAUGUGUUUUAAAUGAUUAUUUUUCUUUAGAUUGAAGAUUUUUUAAAAAUAAUAUUUUGCAAGAGAAAUAAAUAGGAAGAUAGUGAAUACUUUUAAUCCACUAUUAUAAUUUUCUAAAGUCUUUCCUUUAAAAAAAAAACAAAGCAAUGGUGUUAGUGGCUCAUUGAAAUUUAUCUUUUUGGCAUUUAUGUUGCUUCAAAAGCAGAAGAACAAAAGAAAAGAAAACAUAAUAUUAUCACAAUGUCUUUUUAAUAAGCUUUAAGGCCUUCUACAGAAUAAGUUAGAGCAUUUUCUUAGCAUACUGCUCAUUUUACUGUGAAGCAUAUAUAGCUAAUUGGUUUGGCAGUCAAAGGAUAGUGUCACUUGUAUACCCUCCUCACUUGAUAUUUUAUUUUGCCAGAGGUAUCAGAACAGUAUUAACCUCAUGCAGUACAAGUACCACAUCUCAACAAUACUAUGAACAUUUUUGAGAACUUAUUUCUGUUUUUGGAUGAAAGCAACUAAUCUUGAUUCAUCCCUCCUUCAUUCUUCUCCAGGUUAUAGCCUACUAAAGUCUUUUUUUCACCUUUAACCUCUAAAACCAAAAUUAGAACUUGGACAAAUUGCACUUUUCCUAUCCUUAUCUAAUCUGGCAAUACCAAAGCUUCUUAAAAAUAAAAGAUAGCAUCACAUUAUUAGGAGAAAAAUGAUAAUUCUAAACAAUUUUCUUGUAGUAUUUUUGCUGCUUCUCAAGCUGAGUUAAAAUAUAGUAAAAUUACAGUAUAUGAGAAAGAACACUAGGUGAGAAAUAAGGAGAAGUAGGGCAUUCCUUACCUGUCUCUACCAUUGAUUAUGUGAUUUUGGCAAGGUCUAUUUAUCCUCCCCAUGUCCUAAUUUUUUUCUCUAUAAAUUAUAGUUAAUAAUACCUGCUGUCACCUUCUUUGUAAGACUACUUAAAAAUAUGGGCCAUUUAAAAAUUGGAUUUGCUCCAUUUAGUUGUAAAGAAUUCACUGUAGCAACAAACAAAUCUAAUUUGAGGAGUGCAAAAUAUUUUUUCUCCCUUGCAUUUUAUUAGUAUUUUCCAAAUGAAGUAUUAAGCACAAUGUGCUGGCAAGAGGACUGGAUUUAGAGCCAAAGAUCCUUGUAUUUAAAUCCUGAUUUUGUCACCUGCUAUCUGAAAACUUGAGCAAAUCUUUAAUUCCUUUGGGCUUUAGUUUCUUCUUUUAUAAAAUGAACAGGAUGGACUAGAUGGUGUCUGCUCCCUUCCUGCUCAAGAUCUUUGAUUAUAAGUUGAUAUGGGAAAUAUUUUGCUCAAAGAAUUAUAUUAUUAUUCCCAUCUUAAAGACUUUAUUCCAUGGUUCUGCAUAACUAAAAUUAGGCAAAUUAAAGGCCUUGGUUGAAGAUUAAACAAAUGAGUUGUUUUGUUUUGUUUUUCUAUAACUAUUGGUCUGCCUGUCAUUAUAUAUCAGUACAUUUUUAAAGUAAUUAAUAUCAUAAUAUUUAUAAAAAUUAAGGUUGUAUCCACCUAUUAAUGUCCCAUGAAUGCUUACAUAGGUUCAAUUUUAGUUCGAAACAAGGACAAAAAUCUAGGAACCUUGUUUUCUCUUAUCAAUCAGUCAAUCAAAAUGUAUUAAGUUUCUCUGUUCCAGACACCCUGCUAAGCAGUGAGGAUACAAAAAGAGGUGAAAAAUAGUCCCCUUCCUCAAGAAGCUUACAUAUAAUAAUAUGUAAUUCUCUAAUAGAGAAGACAACAUGCAAAGCAAGCUAUAAAGUAGGAAAUAAUAGAGGUAAGGCACUAAUAGAAUUAAGAGAAUUAAGAAAGGCUUUCAGUAAAAGAUGGGAUUUUAGUUUGAACUUAAAGGAAGUCAGGGAUGGCAGUGUUAGAACAGAGGAGAAUAUCCCAGAUAUGAUUUGUUUGUAAAAGAGUCAGAAAAAUGGAAACGAGAAACUUGAAAUACAAAUACACACAUAAUGAGAAAAAGGAUGAAAAAUAUACAUAUACAAACAUAAAACUAUUAUAAUUUUUAAAAAACACCAAAAAAAAAUUUAAAAAGCUCUGGUCUAAACUGUUAAUUGAAAUUGAUGUGCUCCAUUUGAUGUGACCAUUCCAUAUCUGCAGUUUAUAUGCAGUUUACUUUGUAUGUUUGUUUUCAGGUUUUCUUGAAUACUUGACUUUUUAAAAUUUUUGGUAUCUAAUUGAGAACUGAAACAAAAAAAAAAGAACAAAAAAUUGUUUAGUAACUAAUAAGUUAUAUCCCAGAAUAA